CGACAAGAUGGUGAAGAUUGCGAGUUUCAGUGGCUGAUUUCGAGUUUUUUCUAUAGAAUUCUUCUCUACCCAUAACCCCUAACUUCACCUCUGACUUCAAUUCGUGUUUUUUUUUUUAACUUUUUCUUUCCGAAUAGCAGUAUGCGAAUGCGAAUGCGACUGCUGCUUCUCCUGUUCUUGUGGCUCUUCUUCUCCGAUGUGGCUGCGUCGCCGGAAGAAGUCCGAGCAUUACUCGAGUUCAAGAAGGGGAUCAGUGAAGAUCCCCUCGGAAAAGUGUUUGAUUCAUGGAACGUUUCCAGCUCGGAUCCAGCUUCUGUUUGCCCCCAAUUUUAUGGCGUGUCCUGCGACGAAAACGGGUUAGUCGCCGCCAUUGUUCUUGACCACCUUGACUUGGCCGGCGAACUCAAGUUUUUCACUCUAUAUUCCUUGAAGAUGCUCCGGAAUUUGAGUCUUUCCGGUAAUAGACUCAGUGGCCGCCUUGUUCCAGCUCUUGGAUCAAUGUACUCUCUUCAAUAUCUGGAUCUGUCUCGAAACCAAUUUUAUGGUCCAAUUCCUGCUCGUAUCAACGAUCUCUACGGGCUAAACCACCUCAAUUUGUCUAAUAACAAUUUCACAGGAGGGUUUCCAAAUGGGAUUCAGAAUCUGCAGCAAUUGAUGGUUCUCGAUUUGCAUUCAAAUUCGUUGUGGGGAGAUAUAGGGGUUCUGUUUUCUGAGCUUAGAAAUGUGCAAUUCGUUGACUUAAGCGACAAUUCGUUUUAUGGGUCGCUAUCCAUGGAUGUGGGCAAUAUUUCUAGCGUAGUUAAUACAGUUCAACAUGUCAAUUUGAGUCGCAACAGAUUGAGUGGUUCGUUUCUCAGUGCUGAUUCUCUUGUUCUCUUUAGGAACCUGCAUGUUCUGGAUUUGGGGGAUAAUCAGUUGAAUGGGAAGUUGCCUUCAUUUGGGUCAUUGCCAAAUCUUCAGGUGUUGAGGCUAAGCAAUACACAGUUGUUUGGACCGAUACCCGAAGAACUCUUGGAGAGUAUGAUUCCUCUAAAAGAGUUAGAUCUCAGUCGUAAUGGGUUUUCAGGUUCGGUUCCAAGAAUCAAUUCGUCCACUUUGACUACUUUGAAUCUGUCAUCAAAUGAGCUAUCAGGUUCAUUGCCAUCUUCUAUCGGAAAUUGCGAGAUUGUCGAUUUGAGCAAUAAUCUACUAUCUGGUGACAUCUCUGUUAUUCAGGAAUGGGAAUCACCUAUAGGAAUUCUUGAUUUGAGCUCAAAUAAGUUGUUCGGGAAUUUGCCUAACUUAACAUCGCACUUUAAGGGACUGACUGUUCUUAAUGUCGGAAAUAACUCGUUAAAAGGCUCUGUGCCCCCUUUUCUGAUAUCGUCGCCCAGCCUGACUCUUCUUGACCUCAGCAUGAAUGAACUCGAUGGGUCUAUUCCGACUGCUUUAUUCACUUCGAUGACUUUGACCCAUUUGGAUCUUUCGAAUAACCGUUUCACAGGUCCAAUUCCACUUCAAGGGUCACAAGAAAAAUCAUUAAUCGUAAUAUCCUCGUAUCCACACAUGGAGUUUCUUGAUCUCUCGUAUAAUUCCUUAACGGGCACAUUAUCGUCAGAUAUAGGCAACUUCAGGAGGCUUAGAUCGUUGAAUCUUGGAAAUAACGAGUUAUCCGGCGAAUUGCCGAAUGAAUUGAGCAAACUUGGUGAAUUGGAGUUUCUUGAUUUAUCUGAUAAUAGCUUCAAGGGUAAGAUCCCAAACAGCCUUUCUUCAUUGCUGAAGUUUCUUAAUGUAUCCGGUAACGAUUUAUCUGGGCGAAUUCCUGAAAACUUGAAAAACUUCUCGGAUGCUUCGUUCUUUCCGGGAAACCCGUCCUUGCGGUCAGCUGGCGGUCGGCCGCCUUCUGGUGGUGAUUUCCCUUCACAAGCUCAAGAUGGAGCAAAAGGCCAAAACUCAAAGUCUAGCAUCAGAAUAGCGAUUAUCGUUGCUUCUGUUGUAGCUGCAUUAAUGAUAGCGUUUGUGCUACUGGCGUAUUAUCGAGCGCAACUUGGAGAUUUCCGUGUUAAAACUGCAUUUGGUGGCCAGAUGGCCGGUAGGGAUAUUAAGAACGGGAUAUCUAGUCUCCCCACUACAUCGCUGAGUUUUUCAAAUGCUCACUUGCUAACUUCAAAUUCACGAUCGGUCUCAGGACCGUCGGAGCUUGGUGGCGACAAUGUUGAGCCAGUGGUGCCGCCAGGGUAUGCCGCUAGUUCAACAUCAAUGAUACCCAACCUGAUCGAUACCGAUCCUGCACCAUCCGGAAGGAAAUCUUCUCCAGAUUCUCCAGUUGCUUCCUCACCCCGUUUUGUUGAGACAAUCGAACACGCUGUGACGUUGGACGUGUAUUCACCGGAUCGGUUUGCUGGGCAGCUGUUCUUCUUCGACCCAAGGUCGCACCUAUCUUUUACAGCUGAAGACCUAUCACGGGCUCCAGCCGAGAUUCUUGGAAGAAGCAGCCAUGGAACACUGUACAAAGCCACCCUCGGUGGCGGACAUAUGUUAACGGUAAAGUGGUUGAGGGUCGGAUUGACGAAAGAUAAAAAGGAAUUUGCAAAGGAGAUUAAGAAGAUCGGAACAAUGAUUCACCCUAACGUUGUGCGACUACUCGCGUAUUAUUGGGGCCCGAGAGAACAAGAAAGACUUACGUUGGCCAACUACAUCGAGGGAGAUAGCUUGGCUUUACAUCUUUAUGAGACAACCCCUCGAAGAUACUCCUUGCUAUCGUUUAACCAACGGUUAAAAGUUGCCGUUGACGUCGCUCGAGGCUUAUCGUACCUUCAUGGAAGGGGCAUGCCACAUGGAAACCUGAAACCAACAAAUAUAAUCUUGGAAGGCCCUCAAUACGAUGCCCGUCUCACUGACUUCAGUCUCCACCGUCUGAUGACGCCUGCCGGCAUUGCCGAGCAGAUACUCAACCUUGGCGCACUCGGCUACCGUGCCCCUGAACUCGCAUCCGCACCUCGACCCGUCCCAUCACUGAAAGCCGACGUGUAUGCAUUCGGAGUCAUCUUGAUGGAACUUCUAACCAGAAGAAGUGCAGGUGACAUCAUUUCAGGUCAAUCUGGUGCAGUCGAUUUAACUGAUUGGGUUCGAUUGUGUGAUCAAGAAGGUCGAGGGAUGGAUUGUAUCGAUCGGGACAUUGCGGGGGGCGAGCAACAGUCGAAGGCCAUGGACGAUUUACUCGAAGUAUCGCUCAGGUGCAUACUUCCAUUAACGGAAAGGCCGAAUAUGAGACAAAUCUUGGAAGAUUUAUGUGCCAUAUCUGUUUGAAGCUUCUGUACAAUGUGUUUUUGCUUGUUUAUUUCUUUCGUUAAUUGGUUUCGAGCCUCGGAAUCCGGGCUAAAAACGACGACGAUUCAUUGUUUCCUCCCCUCCCCUCCCCUUGAUUUUUUGAUCUUUUCUUGUGUAAAGUCCAUUGAUUGUUUCUGAUUUACUAAUUGCAGGAAAGAACAGAUCGUUUGCAGAUUAGUCUUCUUGUUUAAUUGAUUUAUUGUUUAAUUUAAUGCAAUCCAAAUUGGUGUUAAACU